AUGACGUGGGUGUAUUUUAUGAGCAGCAAGGCACAAGUUUUCUCUGUGUUUAAAAAGUUCAAGGUACUUGUUGAGAACCAAAGUGGCUACAAAAUCAAAACCUUGAGAUCUGACAAUGGAAAAGAAUACACUUCAAAGAAGUUUGACAGCUUUUGUGAAGAUGCAGGGAUAGCACAUCAGUUAACUGUCCCUUAUACUCCUCAACAAAAUGGAGUUUCUGAGAGGAAGAGCAGAACAACUAUAGAGAUGGCUCGAUGUAUGUUGCAUGAAAAGAAGCUGCCUAAGAAUUUUUGGGCAGAGGCUGUUUAUAUAGCUAUAUAUUUGUUGAAUGGUUUGCCUACUAAGGCUGUGCAAGGAAAGACACCUAUUGAGGCUUGGUUUGGUGUUAAGCCUUCUGCACAUCAUUUGAAAAAUUUUGGCUCUAUUUGCUAUACUCAUGUGCCUGAUGCAAAGAGAACCGAGCUUGAUGUUAAAGCUGAAAUUGGUAUUCUGGUGGGUUACUCUACAAAAUCAAAAGGCUACAGGGUAUACAACUUGCAAUCUGGAAAAAUUUCAAUUCAUAGGGAUGUACAAGUUGAUGAAGAUUCUCAUUGGGAUUGGGACAAGAGAGUUGUUGUGAAAAAUGGUGAUAUAGCCUCUGUUAAGGAUGAUGUAGAAGCUUCCAAAGAGGAAAUUUCAGCUUCUAAUGUAGCUGAUGUUGAUGCUCACCAUGAUUCCCCUGAGGAGAUGCAGAUGAUUACAAAAAAAGAAACUUGGGAAUUAACUUCCCUACCACCGGAAAAGAAUGCAAUUGGAGUCAAAUGGGUGUUUAGAACCAAGAUGAAUCCUGAUGGCUCCAUUCACAAGCACAACGCCAGAUUGGUAGUGAAAGGAUAUGCUCAGCAAGCUGGAAUUGAUUAUGGUGACACUUUUGCACCAGUUGCUCGGCAUGAUACAGUCAGAAUGUUGAUUGCUUUAUCUGCUAAUUUUGGCUGGACAAUUUACCAUAUGGAUGUCAAAUCAACUUUCUUGAAUGGCCAUUUGCAGGAAGACAUUUAUAUGCAACAACUUGAGGGCUUUAUUAUUUUUGGUCAUAAAGACAAGAUUCUCUCAUUAGCAGUUAUUGGAAUCUUCUUCAGCUCCAAAAGGACUAAAGAUUCGCUUGAGAAACAAGAAAGUGGAUUGAAUGAUGAGAAACUCCUUACAAUAUUAGCCAAUGACUUUGAUGUUAGCUUGGCCACAAACCUUAGCAACCAUGAAGCAGCAAAAGAAUUUGACUGGGAGAAGAGAAUCAAUGUUGUAAAAGGGAUCGCCUAUGCCUUGUCCUACAUGCAUCAUGAUAGCUCACCACCAAUCAUUCAUCGAGACAUAUCGAGCAACAAUGUUCUGCUGGACUCAAAAUUUGAAGCUCAUGUUUUCGACUUUGAGCUUGCCUACACAAUGAAGGAUAUCAAGAAAUGUGAUGUGUAUAGCUUAGGAGUGUUAGCACUAGAAGUGAUCAAGGGAAUGUAUCCGGGUGAUGUUAUCUCUUUGCUGUUGUCUUCGUUCUCGGAAACACAUGUUUUGCUAGAGGAUGUGUUGGGUUUAGAUCAGAGGCUUCCACCUCCAUCGCUAGGAGUCCAAGACAAGCUGAGGUUGAUCAUGAAGGUGGCAUCUUCAUGCAUAAAAGCCAAUCCCGAAUGUCGACAAACCAUGUACUCGAUCUCCCAAAUGUUAUCCGCCUGAAACCAUUCCUUCCUCAAGUUCAAGAUCAUCAUUACAUGCACUAAAUUUAUUUUCCUUUUUGCAAAAUAAUAAAAGAUGCACAAUGAU